AUACGCUCCGCCGCGUUCACGAAAACGGCCCGCCCUUUCUCUUUCACAGUUUCACUCUCUAACUGACUUCUCCCCUUCCAUCCUCUCUGCCCUCUUCUUUUCCUCCCCAGGUCUCCCCCCAUUCCCUCUCCUCACAGAGGUUCCCUUCCCUUUCUUUGCUCUCUUUUUUCCCUGUCGCCGCGGCGAUAGGGUUCAGUUUUCCUUGCUCCGGCGGGCUGUAAAUGCUUUCGGCCCUCUCCGGCGAGUCAGAUCCGGUGGUGGCUGUGUUCUUGUUUGUUCUGGUGGUAUUGAUUCGAGUGGGAAGGGAAGGGGUCUCUUUGGUCUUGGGCGAUUCGGAGACAUGCCUGCGUUCUACGCUUACGGAGAUGGCGGGUGCCUCGUCUCGGCCCCGGCGGAGCUGGUCGGGCUGUUCUGCCGCGGCGUGCAGCAGCGGAAGCGCACGCUGGCGGCCGCGUCCGCGGUCGCCGCAGCGGCGGUGGAGUGCUUGAGGGCCGCCAAGAAGCAGAGGCAGCUGCCGCUGCCGUCGCUGGACGCCCUCCCGGACGAGUGCCUCUUCGAGAUCCUGCGACGCCUGCCUGGCGGCCGCGAGCGCGGCGCCUCCGCCUGCGUCUCCCGCCGCUGGCUCGCGCUCCUCGGCAGCAUCCGCGCCUCCGAGCUCGGCGAGGCCGCGGCGGCGGUCCCGUCGCUGCCCGACCUGAACGAGGAGUUUGUCAUGGAAGAAGAGGAUAAGGACGAGCCCCCCGCAGAUCACUUUGUCGAGAGGGUCCUCGAGGGCAAGGAGGCCACCGACAUCCGCCUGGCGGCCAUGGCCGUCGUCGCCGGAUCCCGUGGCGGGCUGGAGAAGCUUGCUGUCCGCGGAAGCCACGGGACACGUGGCGUCACGGACCAGGGACUCUCGGCUGUUGCACGCGGCAGCCCGAACCUCUGCUCGCUCGCCCUCUGGGACGUGCCGCUUGUGACCGACGCGGGGCUCGUCGAGAUUGCCACCGGGUGCCCCUUGUUGGAGCGUCUGGAUAUCUCUCGCUGCCCGCUUAUCACGGACAAGGGCCUCGCCGCUGUCGCGCAGGGGUGCCCCAACUUGGUUUCUCUGACCAUCGAGGCAUGCUCCGGUGUUGGCAAUGAGGGCCUCAGGGCGAUUGGCCGCUGCUGCACGAAAUUGCAGGCUGUGAACAUCAAGAAUUGCAUACAUGUCGGCGACCAGGGUAUCUCAAGCCUGGUGUGCUCUGCUACCUCCUCACUGGCUAAGAUCCGGCUUGAGGGAUUGAACAUCACUGAUGCUUUGCUUGCUGUGAUUGGUUACUAUGGGAAGGCUGUCACUGACCUCACUCUUGCUCGCCUUGCCACUGUCAGCGAGAGGGGGUUUUGGGUUAUGGCUAAUGCUGCUGGACUGCAGAACCUAAGGUGCAUGAGUGUUACCUCAUGCCCUGGAGUCACUGAUCUUGCGCUCGCUUCUAUUGCCAAGUUCUGCCCAAGCUUGAAGCAGCUUUACCUCAGGAAGUGUGGACAUGUGUCAGAUGCUGGCCUUAAGGCUUUCACAGAAUCAGCAAAGGUGUUGGAGAACUUGCAGCUUGAGGAAUGCAAUGGGGUUACUCUUGUUGGUAUUCUUACGUGCCUCCUCAACUGCAGUCAGACGUUCAGGGCUCUCUCUUUGGUGAAAUGCAUGGGGAUUAAGGAAAUCUGUUCUGCGCCUUCACAGCUUCCUGUAUGCAGAUCACUUCGUUUCCUGACAAUCAAGGAUUGCCCAGGUUUCACUGAUGCAAGCUUGGCCAUGAUGGGGAUGAUUUGCCCUCGGUUGGAGCAGGUUGACUUGAGUGGUCUUGGUGAAGUCACUGACAAUGGGCUUCUUCCGUUGAUCCAGUCUUCUGAGGCUGGUCUGAUCAAGGUUGAUUUGAGUGGUUGCAAGAACGUCACAGAUGUAGCUGUUUCUUCCCUGGUGAAGGCGCAUGGAAAAUCUCUUAAGAAAGUCAGUCUUGAGGGUUGCAGCAAGAUAACAGAUGCAAGCCUCUUCGCCAUCUCCGAGAGCUGCAUUGAGCUUGCCCAGCUUGAUCUUUCGAACUGCAUGGUUAGUGACUGUGGUGUUGCAGUCCUGGCAUCAGCAAGGCACCUCAAGCUUCGUGUUCUCUCACUGUUUGGCUGCUCCAAGGUUACUCCAAAGAGUGUGCCGUUCUUGGGCUACCUGGGCCAGUCUUUGGAGGGCCUCAAUCUUCAGUUCUGCAACAUGAUUGGCAACCACAACAUUGCAUCAUUGGAGAAGCAGCUCUGGUGGUGUGACAUUCUUGCUUAGGCAUACAAGAUAGUUCGAUGCUGGAGGGACUGAUGUCUACUGGGUCAGCCGCUUCCGGAUGCAGAUAUAUGUCAGUAGCAGUAGCACAACCAGAAGAUCUUCAGCUUUUUGGCUCGCAUGAGUCAUGGUGGUGGGCUUCCGCAUUGUUCAAGGACCGGUUUUUUAGGGGUUGCUUUCUAGCCGAGUGCUCGUUUUUCACAGAUCACCUCUCACGAGGUUCAUCUGUUUUUUGAGCCUUGGCUGCCUCCACUGGCUUCCUGCCCCUCCUUCCAGACAUUGGUCCUUGCCAUUAUAGUCAUAAGGUUUCUUUAGGUUGCCGUAGUGUUCGUGUCCUUUCUUUAUUUCUUACAGGUUAUGAAGUUGCAGGCACCCAAUGGCAGCUCUCGAGUAUCAUAACAAAUCCACCAGCGAUGCCGGUAUAGGUCAUCGUUUGUAGCCUGCUGACGCCGGAGUGUCUGUCGACUUGUGCCUUGUGUAUGGUUGUCGAGUUCAAGUCUGUUGGAGUCUUUGAUGUGUCAUGUGCUGUUCUCUGUGGUGUGUAAGGGUCAUGUAGGGUUGCUUCUUUUUUGCAGUCUCUUUGGGAUGCCUGGUGUUCGUGGUGAUCUUGGCCAUGGCAAGGCGCAUACUAGAGCCUUGCCUUGACAACCUUGCAUGGUUGUUCUUUUUUAGCCAAAUCCCUAUUUUUUCAGGCAGAUUGUUGAGUACUGUAAUCUUGGCGACCCUCUAUGAAUAAAUGAAGUAUGUGUUUAUGUUCGAA